AUGCAACAUCCACCACCAGGCAUGCCACAAGAAGAUCAGAAUUAUCUUUGUUCUUACUUUUCCUCUUAUGAAUUUAAGAAAAGGAGUGUUCAAAAUGCAAGGAAUCGGGCAAUGCAAAACACACCUCAUGUAAAUGGGACAAAGUCUUUUGCCUGGAUGGGUGUUGAAAUGACUGCUCAAACUGGUGAAGAGGUUGAGCCAAUUGAGUUAUAUAAGAUAACUCACUAUAGUAAUAAGAACCACUCUUGGGUGAAUGACCGUGCACAUCAUAACUAUGAGCAAAUGGUGGAGCUUCAGUCGCAGCCUGUAGGAGAGAAUGAAGCACCAGUUUGUGAGGAGGAAAUUUGUUUAGAGGUUCUUGGACAUAAGUCAGGGUACAUACGUGGUUGUGGGCAUGGUCCGAAGCCUAGCCGAUCCUUAUCUAAGCACCACAAUAAUUCGGAGUUGGAGGUAGCUAACAAAAGAGCCAAUGAGUUGGAAGAAAAACUCAAUGCACAGCAAAAGAACAUGGAAGUGAUUAAGGCUACUCAAAAGGCAACAAGUGAGAUUUUGUAG